AAAGUGGUUGUGGUGGGCCCAUAUGUCGUGAAAUAUGGACAUCAUGUAAGCUUGAGCGAAGGCGAAGUGAUGCUGCAUGUUGCAAAAUCAACGCCAGUACGGGUACCGAAGAUAUAUGCCCUGUAUCGUGAUUGCGACGAGCAGAAAAACUUCAUCGUCAUGGAAAAGAUUCAGGGAAAGACGUUAAAAGAGGUUUGGCCUACCUCGGAGCCUUCCGCGAAAGAAGAUGUUACAUCCCAGCUCAGAACCAUUUUCGAUGAGCUUCGGCGUUUGUCCUCGCCAGUACGCUUUUGUGCUCUUCACGGAAGACCUCUUCCUGACGCGAUAUUCGAGACUGGCGAAGACUCCGACUGCAACAGGGGACCUUUCGAAUCUGAGGAUCAACUGAACCAAGCGCUUCUUAAAGCCUAUGUCGCCUCAGAAGCGCGUAUGACAGGAAAGGCCACAUUUUACGAAAGAGCGUGGCCUUCAGUCUUCUCGGGUCACGAGCCUGUGUUCACUCAUGGCGAUCUUCAACAGAAGAACAUCAUGAUAUCAGAGGUGUCAGGUCGCCCAUGCGUGGUCCUCAUCGAUUGGGAAACUGCAGGAUGGUAUCCUAGCUAUUGGGAAUACGCGCGUGCCAUCUUUGCUUGUCAUCGAUUUGAGGAUGACUGGAGCUUCUGGCUAGAGCAAGCGCUGGAUCCUUACUUGAACGAAUACGCUUGGAUGUAUAUUCUGAUGCUUGAGUUGUGG